AUGUCCAUAACGAUUCCUGGAUCGCUUGUGAACAAGACCAAGAAGCAUUUCAUGGGCAUGCCUGCUCCAGCGGGCUAUGUUCCCGGAGUAGGAAGAGGUGCAACUGGAUUCACAACCAGAUCUGAUAUCGGGCCGGCAAGAGAGGCGACCGACGUACCAGAAACAGGGACCGGACCUCCAUCCAAAAAGCCGAAGGAAGAUGCCAAGGAUGACACUGAAGAAUCGCUAAAUGACAACAACUAUGACGAAUUUGAAGGUUAUGCUGGUAGCUUGUUCGCAAAGGAUCCAUAUGAUAAGGAAGACGAGGAGGCGGACGAAGUUUACUUAGCUGUGGAAACGAGAAUUGAUGAACGAAGGAAGGACUACAGAGAGAAAAAAUACAAAGAAGCUAUUGAAAAAUACCGGAAAGAACGACCGAAGAUUCAGCAAGAGUUUUCUGAUUUGAAAAGGCAGUUGAGCGAGGUUACCGAAGAUGAAUGGGUGGCUAUUCCUGAAGUGGGCGAUUCGAGGAAUAAGGCGAAAAGGAACCCUAGAGCAGAAAAGUUCACCCCAGUUCCUGACUCGCUCAUCGCCAUGUCUAUGUCCUAUGGUGAAACCACGUCCACGCUUGAUAGUCGUGUUCAGUCUGGAAUGACAACACCUUUCGGUUCCGGGUUUCAGAGUACAUUCGGUGGCAUGCAAUCAUCGUUAGGUUUUAAACUAAUUUUUUCAGGUGGAUGGAGAACUGGUAUUCAUUCCGGUAUUUCAAGUGGACAUGAUCUUGAUCUUAUAAAAAUUGGCCAGGCGAGGAACAAAAUCAUGGAUAUCAAGCUUAAUCAGGUUUCCGACUCUGUCUCUGGUCAGACUGUAGUCGAUCCCAAAGGUUACCUUACUGAUUUGCAGUCCAUGAUUCCGCAAUAUGGUGGUGACAUCAACGACGUGAAAAAGGCUAGAAUGUUGUUGAAGUCAGUUCGAGAGACAAAUCCGAAACACCCUCCAGCGUGGAUUGCUAGCGCACGUCUUGAAGAAGUAGUAGGAAAGCUCCAGGUUGCACGUCAUUUAAUCAUGGAAGGUUGUGAAAAGAACAAGAAAAGUGAGGAUAUGUGGCUUGAAGCCGUUAGAUUGCAUCCACCAGAAACAGCUAAAGCAAUAGUGGCUAACGCUGUUCAUGCAAUGCCACAUAGUGUUCGUAUUUGGAUGAAAACGGCAGAAAUUGAAGUUGAUGUGAAGGCAAAGAAGAAGGUGUUCCGUAAGGCACUUGAGCAAAUUCCUACCUCUGUUCGUCUUUGGAAAGCUGCCAUAGAGUUGGAAGAACCGGAUGAUGCACGCGUUUUGCUCACUCGUGCAGUAGAGUGUUGUAGUUCGAGUACCGAGCUUUGGUUGGCUUUGGCACGUCUGGAAACGUAUGAAAAUGCACGGAAAGUUCUUAACAAGGCCCGAGAACAUAUUCCGACUGAUCGUCAGAUUUGGUUGUGCGCUGCUCGUCUAGAGGAAACGCGGGGUCAAAAGGACAUGGUUGAUCGUAUUGUGCAGAAGGCAUUGACAUCGUUGACCGCAAAUAUGGUGGAGCUGAAUCGAGAGCAUUGGAUGAAGGAUGCAGUUGAUGCCGAACGAGCUGGUUGUACACUCACUUGUCAAGCCAUAAUCCGUCAUGUUAUUGGUGCUGGUGUCGAGGAUGAAGACAAGAAAGCAACUUGGUUGGAGGACGCGGACUCUUUUGCGAAACAAGGAGCGUUAGCGUGUGCCCGGGCGGUUUACGCUCAUGCUUUGAAGAACAUCGAAAAGCGUAAGGGCAUUUGGCUUGCAGCUGCUCAUUUCGAAAAAACACAUGGAACGACUGAGGAAUACGAGGCACUUCUUGCCGAUGCAACCACUUCUUGUCCACAAGUUGAAGUGUUAUGGCUAAUGUAUGCAAAAUCGAGAUGGUUACAUGGUGAUGUCUCUGGAGCUAGAGAAAUUCUUGCAAAGGCAUUUGAGCACAACGCUAACUCUGAGGGUAUUUGGAUGGCUGCAGUUAAACUGGAGUCAGAAAACAAUGAAUUUGCCCGUGCUCGUCGCCUUCUUGAGAAGGCUCGACGCAACGCCCCUUCGGCACGGAUAUGGAUGAAAAGUGCUCGGCUUGAGUGGUGUCUUGGUGAUCUGGAUAGGGCAAAGGAGUUGAUUAGAGAAGGACUCGAGAAAUAUCCAGAUUUUGCAAAACUUUAUAUGAUGUUGGGUCAGAUUACUCUUCAAGAAAAUAACUUUGACGAUGCUAGGAAAAUAUUUACCGAAGGAAUUAAAAAGUGCCCUGGUGCUGUUCCUUUAUGGCUGUUACUGAGUCGUUUGGAAGAGUCGCAAAAGCAAAUAAUUAAGGCCAGGUCUGAUUUGGAAAAGGCUCGUAUUCGUAAUCCACGAAAUGAAGAACUUUGGUUAGAGUCAGUUCGACUGGAGAUGCGCGCCGGUUUUCGUGAACUUGCUUCGGAAAGACUGGCUCGUGCUUUGCAAGAAUGUGAGGGUUCAGGGCGACUUUGGGCGGAAGCAAUUUGGAUGGAGGAGCGACAUGGUCGACGUGCCAAAUCGGUUGACGCUUUGAAGCGAUGCGAACAUAAUCCUCAUGUAUUAGUAGCAGCUGCACGUUUAUUCUGGGCCGAACGAAAGGUGAAAAAAGCUCGAGAAUGGUUUCAAAGAGCGAUUAACGUCGAUCCUGAUAAUGGAGACGCAUACUUCUUAUCGGAAUUACUUUUUGAAAUCUUCGAGGUUAUUCAGGAAAGAGUGUUGAAGAAAUGCGAGGAAGCAGAACCACGUCACGGAGAAUUGUGGGUAUCUGUGUCAAAAGACCCGAAACAUUGGCGGAAGCAAACUGGAGAUAUUCUUAAGACUGUUGUUACCAACAUACCGAUUCCAUCAUAG